AUGGCACGCACCAAGCAGGUACCCAACAAGCGACAGGCCUCGUCGGAGUUCUUCAACAAGGAGACAGCCGAUUGGGAGUCUUCUUCUGGCCCCAAGUCAACAUCCAAUGGCGCUGUAGUAGUCGCGAAAGCUGCUGCGCCGACGACUCCUGCCACGAAAGCGGACGCGGGAAUUAUGCAGCUCGUCAUUGCCGUCUCGGGCAUCUAUGCCUCCUUUCUGACGUGGGCAUACCUCCAGGAAAAGCUCACGACAACGCGCCACGGCCCCGCGCAGGAAGUCUGGCACUUCCCCGUCUUCCUCAACACGAUCCAGUCGCUGUUUGCCGCGCUCGUCGGCAGCGUAUACCUGGUGCUCUCGACGCCCCGCGGCGCGGCCACGCCGCCCAUCAUCCCGUCGUCGCGGAUCCUGGCGCCGCUGGCGCUAGUGGCCGUGACGUCGAGCCUGGCGUCGCCGUUUGGCUACGCGAGCCUGGCGCACAUUGACUACAUAACGUUUCUUCUCGCCAAGAGCUGCAAGCUGCUGCCCGUCAUGUUCCUGCACAUUACCGUCUUCCGCAAGCGCUACCCGCUGUACAAGUACCUGGUCGUGGCGGCGGUGACAGCGGGCGUGGCCGUGUUUACGCUGCAUUCGGGGAGCAAGAAGAAGAGCAAGGCGAGCAGGCUGGGCGAGGACGCGAAUGUGGCGUGGGGGAUGCUGCUGCUGGGUAUCAACCUGCUCUUUGACGGCUUGACGAAUAGCACCCAGGACUACAUCUUUACGUCGUUUCAGCCGUACACGGGCCCGCAGAUGAUGUGCGCGAACAACAUGAUGAGCUCGCUGGUUACGGGCGCGUAUCUGCUGAUUGGGCCGGCGGUGCUGGGCGCGACGGGCGCGGGCGAGUGGUUGGGACUGGGAUCUGGCGAUGCUGGCGAGUUGGGCGAUGCGCUGGCGUUUAUGGGUCGGUAUCCGGCGGUGUGGAAGGACGUCCUCGGCUUUGCGGCGUGUGGUGCCGUUGGCCAAGUCUUCAUCUUUUACACGUUGUCGACAUUUUCGUCGGUGCUGCUGGUGACGGUGACGGUGACGAGAAAGAUGGUGACGAUGAUGCUGUCGGUGCUGGCAUUUGGCCAUCGGUUGACGAGGAUGCAGUGGCUCGGCGUGGGACUGGUGUUUGGGGGCAUCGGUGUAGAGGCAGGCAUUGCGAGGAGGGAGAAGAUGGCCAAGGAGGCGGCGAAGAAGGCCAAGUCUGGCUGA